AUGCUUCCCUCUCUUCUUCCUGUACUCCUGCUUUCAGUGCUAGCAGAGGCAUCACCUGGGAAGCGAGCAAACACUGCAUCAGCCUACGCUUCAAACUCAGAUGGCACUUAUAAGCUCUCGUCAGUCGCGGCACCGGUUCAAGGCAAGGGCAAUCCAGGCUCCGAAUCAACCUGGAAGCUAAGUAUCGAUGAUACAUCUAGCGGACACAAACAAACAAUCGUGGGCUUUGGAGCCGCUGUUACCGACGCCACAGUCACCUCCUUCAACACACUAUCCGGUUCCACGCUGCAACAACUGCUCAACGAGCUGAUGACUGGCGCCGGUGCUGGAUUCGCUUUGAUGCGUCAUACGAUUGGUGCUUCCGACCUGUCUGGUGACCCGGCGUAUACCUAUGACGAUAAUGGGAAUAAUGUGGAUACAUCUAUGUCUAGUUUUAACCUAGGUGACCGUGGAAAUGCCAUGGCUAAGAUGCUGGCUAAGAUGAAGUCCCUUCAGUCGAGUUUGAAGAUUUUUGGUUCAUCCUGGAGUGCUCCCGGGUGGAUGAAGCUGAAUGGUGCGAUUGAUGGUACAACGAAUAACAAUAACCUCAACGAUGGCUACUUGACUAGCGGAGGCACUGGAAGUACUGGUUAUGCCAGUGCCUUUGCGCAAUAUUUCGUCAAAUACAUCCAGGCUUAUGAAAAUCUCGGCGCCCACAUCGAUGCGAUUACCAUUCAAAACGAGCCUUUGAACAGCCAAGCUGGAUAUCCUACAAUGUAUGUCUAUGACUACGAGUCUGCGCAGUUGAUCCAACACUACAUCGGCCCGGCUCUCGCUCAAGCCGGCCUAGACACCAAAGUUUGGGCAUACGAUCACAACACUGAUGUGCCAUCCUACCCUCAGAAUGUUGUCAACGGUGCUAGUCAGUAUGUCGACUCGGUUGCCUGGCACUGUUAUGCCAGCAAUGUAGACUGGACAGUCCUCACCCAGUUCCAUCAGACAAACCCCAACAUCAAGCAAUACAUGUCAGAAUGCUGGACCCCAGCAUCCGCAUCGUGGAACCAAGCUGCCGAUUUCACCAUGGGGCCUUUACAAAACUGGGCAUCGGGUGUUACUGCCUGGACACUUGGCACAAAUGAUCAAGAUGGCCCGCAUCUGUCCAGUGGCGGUUGUGGAAACUGUCGAGGCCUUGUGACCAUUUCCAACGGCGGAUAUACUUUCAACCCGGCUUACUACAUGAUGGCUCAGUUCAGCAAGUUCAUGCCGCCGGGUGCAAUUGUGCUGAGUGGUACCGGGAGCUACUCGUAUUCCAAUGGGGGAGUGCAAUCUGUUGCUUCGCUGAAUCCAGAUGGAACUCGCACCGUUGUUAUUGAAAAUACAUUCAGUAAUGAUAUUUAUGUUACUGUCUCCACUAGUAGUGGCCAGCAGUGGAGUGGCAACAUUCCAAGUCAGUCCGUGACAACCUGGGUGCUUCCUGUCGCAUGA